AAACACCAAAUACGUCAUUUCGUAAUUUGCAUCACACACUGUAUCUGAGUAAUAACGCGGUGCCGGUGUUUCAUUUCAUUCACAUUCACACAACAAUCAAUCAGAUCGGAGCCAAAAGCAAUGAAGCUGAAACCGGUGCAUCAACCACAACGGAAAUAAAUUGGAACUAACUAUCAUAUUAUAAUUACCUAUAUCUUAAUCUAUAUCAUUAUCAUUAUCAACCGUUAGAUCUCAACGAGAAAUGAAGGAUGACGAUGCGCUUCCAACAACAGCGACAAGUAACAAAAAGGAAAACAUGGAUUCGAGUCUCUUUGGGAAAGGAAGGUACAAAUUCUGGGCAUUAGCAGCUAUUUUGCUUCUUGCGUUUUGGUCCAUGUUUACCGGAACCGUUUCUCUCCGUUGGUCCGGUAAUCUCAAUUCAUUAUCCAACGACCUCGAUACUCCAAUUCACGAUGACCUCGAUGUCCUUGAAAUGGAGGAGAGGGAGAAAGUGGUGAGGCACAUGUGGGAUGUGUACACAAACAGCCGUAGGAUCAGGUUGCCGAGGUUUUGGCAAGAGGCUUUUGAGGCUGCUUAUGAAGAAUUGACGAGUGAUGUUCCUGGUGUUAGAGAUGCUGCCAUUACUGAGAUCGCUAAGAUGUCUGUGCGUUCUAUUGAUUUUGAUCCACCUCCAAUCCAAUCCACGAGAGCACAAGAAUUUAGUAAAAGCCUUAAGCAAGUUGAGAAAGGAACGGAAGCAACAACCUCUCGGCGUGCUUAAAGACGACUACUGUAAGGAGCAGUUCAAGGGUCUGGCUUGUGCUUGAAAGUGCUCGACUUGUGUCGUGCACUAUCAAAAGAUUGCGAAGAAACAUCGAUGGGCGAAGCCCUACUUGGGUUUUCAUGCUUCCAUAAGCUAGAUGAUUAUGUAUUUUAAUAGGUUGUGGUUCUUUCAAAUUUUGCAGUCAAGUUCAAAAGCACCAGUAAAUUAAAACCACGUUUUCGUCAGACAUAUUCGACUGACUAUAUUUUCUUGUAGACACAUCAACUAUGCUAAAUGCACCAGUUUAUUUAAUUAUAUUUUAAUUUAUUGAAA